AUGGAACCCAACCUAAGGCGUAGUAGCUCAGAUGGGGAGUUGCUCAAGGAUCCCGCGAGCUAUAGAAGGCUUAUAGGGAGAUUGAUGUACCUCACCAUCUCGGGCCUAGAAAUCACCUACGCUAUCUUCACCCUAAGCCAAUUUUUGUCCCAACCCCAUACUGCACAUCUUUAUGCCCUUCAUCAUUUGCUGCGGUAUAUCAGAAGCACCGUAGGACAAGGCUUACUUUUUUCGACAAACUUCGAGAAGAGACUAAUGGCUUAUGUGGAUGCAGAUUGGGCAGGUUGUCCGAAUACUAGACGGAGUGUCACUAGAUUUUGUGUGUUCAUUGGAGAUUCUCUUGUUGUAUGGCGAUCGAAGAAGUAG